GAACAUCCAAGCAGGGGCCCCAAAAGGCUGAGUGGAAUAGGGAGGGUCUCAGAGACCCUGGGUCAGGCCUCAGUUUCCCCUAUCUGAAGACUGGCCUGGUGGAUGGAACGAUGAGGGCUGAGGUGCAGAUGUCUUGACUAAAAGGCCAAAAGGUGACAAGGAAAGUCCCCACACUCCACUGCCCCAUACCUGCUGCCAUGUGCUUACAUUUUUCUUCUGGUGCUUGGGUUUGAACUCUGGGUGAUCUAUAUCACCAGCCCCACCCCCUGCGCGCCUUUUAAAUUUUUACUUGGAGGCGAAGUCUCUCUAAAUCACUCCAAGCCAAGCUCAGAUUUUCGAUCCUCCUGCUUCAGCCUCCCGGAGUCCUGGGAUUACAGGCGUGUGCCCCCAAACUCAUUCACACAUACAUUCUCUUAGGUCCAGCUUUGAGCUAAGGCCCUAGACAGCCCCUCUCCUGCCACCCCACAGGAAUCUGGGCCCCUGGGAGGGCAGGGUCUGCUGCCUGUUUUUGCAUCUCUUUCUGCCCCUUCCUGUGUCUCUCUGACUUCCUGUGUCUCUUUUCUCUGGGUGAGCAGUGCACGCCCUUCUUUUUGCUAAGCAUUUCCCUGUGUGUUCUCCCUGGGACUCGCCCUCCUCCCAUGCCCAGGUGGAAGUCUUCAGCCAAAUCAAAGGCAGGACGGCGGCCGCCCAGGCGGCUCCAGCGGCCCAUGGAGGGAGGGGGAGCUCUGGGACGUCUGGAAAUCGUUACCCCGAGUCCACCAUCUCGGAUCCCCUACCCCCUGCUGCUAGGCAGGCUUUGCACAUCUGGGAUUUUGACGAGGUCAUCAGCAGAUGGGAGCCGACCUCCGGCUCAGCCUAGGUGCCCAAGACCCAUGGUGGGCCCUACGCGCAGCCCAGGGCUCCAGAGCCUGCAGACCCUGUCCGGACAUUGGGGAUCAAAGCUUUAGAGGAAAAGGUAGGGACCCAGGAUUCCAGAGUCCAAGGGGGAGAGGGGGCUGGCGAUGGCACCCGAGCCCCCUGCCUCACCUUGGGUCACUGGGUUGCCUUCCCACAGCUCGGACACCGGCGACUCCCCCUGACCACAAAACCCCAGAGCAGCGAGACGAAGGGACAGUACAAGGGCUGGCCCACCUUGGACCAGGGCCCCACCACCCACAUCGGGGCCCAGCCCCUGGAGCUCGCAGACCACAGCCAUGGGGGACUGGCCCAGGUUGGAGCGGAGGAGCCAGAGUCUGGAGCAUCUGGGGCAGGUGGGAGGGCACUGAGGUUAAGGACCAGGCUCCAGUCCCCUGGAAGAGGAACCCCGAGCUGGCUGGCCGGCCUUUCAUGAUAUCCGGCCAGGGAGUCCUGGACCGCCAUCAGCUCUACUUGACCACCACGGCCUGCGACUUCCGCUUCUACCCCAAGAAAGAGCUGUCGGGAUACCCACGCCGGGACGUGCUGACCUAUUGGAACUUCAAGGGGACGCCUCGGGGCUGGGGACUCGGCCCGCAGCUGCCGAAGCGGGUCCGCCUGCCCCACGCGUUCCCGGGGACCCCGGCCGCACCGCGGGUACCUGACCCUAGCUCAGGAGUCCUACGGCCCCCCGCUGCACCCGCUGCGCCGGCUGGACCAGUUCUGCCCGCCGGAGGCACCCUCGGGCGGCCCUCACUGGAAGCCCCUGCCGGGAAUCUUCAGCGCGCCCAAAGCCUACAGCACCCGAGUUCUCCAGCGCCCGCAGCCUGAAGCCCGAGCUGGUCUGAGCCGGCGGGGCGGGGGUUCGGCCCCGCGAGACACGCCCACUCGUCUAGGGAAGAACCCAACUGGUGAAAGUGAAUUAAAACUACGCCCUUCCAGGAACCGGGCUCAGCCCACUUCCGGACCGGCAGCUUGAAUCCUGACUUCUUGCAGGCUUGGGUGUGGGGACGCUGUCUGAAUCUCUUGGUGGCGUCGGGGUACACGCAGGUCCCUGCCUGAGCACAGCGCCGGAGGCCUUUAGGACUGGUUGGACCCUAAUACGGAAGCCACGCGCCUCCGGAAAGGCAGGACUGGCGGGCGGAUGGGUGGCUUCCAGAGGCCUCAGGUGGUCCCAGCACCUUCCUGGGUCAGAGGGGCUACCAGAGGCCUCUCCGGCCCCUCCCCGGUCAGGGCUUUCUGCACCCUACUUCCUGUGCCUCCAAUGGGGCCUGGGCUCUACCUCCGGUCACCUUCACCACGGUGGCUCUGGAGCCACUGCUGCGCCUCAGUGACCUUGUCGCUUCUCGCCCCCGGGGAGGAUUAGUGUCCAGGUUACCCCAGAUUGCCGCCACCACCGGGUGGCCUUGCCGCCCCCACAGCCCACAGGUAUAAAGCUAGGAAGACGGUAGGUAGGGGCAGCAUCGA